UGAGGCUUCAACCUAUGCGGGAAUUUUUCCUAGUAGUUGCUCUCGGCUGAAUCUGCAUGUAAGAGAGGAUGACAGUGUAGCCUGCAUCCGAGCAGCUUUUUCAGAAGCAGCGAGCAGGAGUCAGUCGGGAGGCAAAAAGCCUGUGUGUGCAGCCUUGAGUGCUGAAGAAGCUUUACUUACUUUCAUUGCCAGUGGAGUUGCUCUAACUUUGCAGAAAGUGUGAGGAACUGAGAAACUUCCUUUGAUUUUUUUUUUUUUUAGAAGAUUUUUGAGCUCACAAGUUCAUCUUCAGUGAAAGAGAAAAAUCUUUGAAGAGACCUUCAGUUAAUCAUCGCUGCUGAUAACGAGGAGCUCUUUUCAGUCAUUCCCACUUCUGUGAAAAAUGUCUCAACAGCAGCAUCAAGGCACCUCAGCAGCUCUGUCACAUGGACGCUGACGCUGAACAGCUGUUGCAUUUACCAUCUUUUCUCAGAACAAAGCUGGAAUAUUGAGGAGCAACAGCAUACUGCACGAUGAUAACGACCAGCCUGUUUGCAUCAAAGUGCUUCGUACUUAGCAACUGAUGAGGAUGCGAGACGGUGUGAUCACCUACCUGUAUCUGGCAAGAGUGGUUUUCACCUCGUUGGAGAGAAGAGCACAGAGGAAAAAAGUCGACAAGAGGGAACAGGGGAGGGGAAGAUAAAGCCAACAAGGGAAAGCGUGAGGCAAACAGUGAAAGGGAAGAUCUACAGAGCAAACUCUGCCAAACUGAAGAAGAAGUGAAGAAAAAAAUAAACAUAUUAAAGACUUGGCCACAGGCCCAUUUGAUACUGGAGCAUUGUGUUCUUUCGGAGCAAUACAGGGUAACUGCUCAGUCCACAUGAGGCCACAGAGAGACGUUUUCCAGCUGUAACACAGGUCUAUAACAAAGCACAAUGGAUCCUACAAACAGCACUUUUGGCAACACUUCAUAUGUCCAUGCUGCUCCCCACAGCCUGUGGGAGGCUAUAACUAUUGCUACAGUGUCAGCCAUUGUCAGCUUGAUAACAAUAGUUGGUAAUGUGCUGGUGAUGCUGUCCUUCAAAGUAAACAGCCAACUUAAAACUGUAAACAACUACUACCUACUGAGUUUGGCCUUUGCGGACCUCAUCAUAGGCGUUCUAUCCAUGAACUUAUACACAACAUAUAUACUAAUGGGUUACUGGUCUUUGGGGAACCUGGCAUGUGACCUCUGGCUCGCCGUGGACUAUGUAGCCAGCAAUGCUUCAGUUAUGAACUUACUUGUUAUUAGCUUUGACAGAUACUUCUCCAUUACAAGGCCACUGACUUACAGGGCAAAGAGGACUCCAAAGAGGGCAGCCAUCAUGAUUGGCCUGGCAUGGCUGGUAUCAUUUGUCCUUUGGGCACCACCCAUUCUAUGCUGGCAGUACUUUGUAGGAGAGAGAAACGUGCCUGCGGACCAGUGCCAAAUCCAGUUUUUAACAGAGCCCGUCAUCACAUUUGGGACAGCCAUUGCUGCAUUCUACAUCCCAGUCUCUGUUAUGACCAUCCUUUACUGCAGGAUUUACAAAGAGACGCAAAAACGGACAAAAGAUCUAGCAGAGCUGCAAGGGCUCACAACAGAACAUGUUCCAGAAGGGGCUAAACCACAGAAAACUAUCAUUCGUUCUUGUUUUCAUUUCACCAGAGAGACAAGAGACCAGAGUCAGGCCUCCUGGUCCUCAUCUAAUCAAAGUAAUGCCACUAAAACUACAACAAGGUCAGAUGAGGCAUGGGCAAAAGCAGACCAGAUUACCUCGUUUAACAGCUAUACAUCAUCAGAAGAAGAGGAGCAACAUGUUUCAAUAGAAACCCCACAAGGAUCCUUCAAAGAGCCAGGAAGUGGACAAACUAAUAAGAAUGGGCAGGUGACUGAUUAUACAGAAGAUCAGUAUUUUUCCACUCCUCAAAAGAAGAACAGCAAAAAGUGCAUCUCAUAUAGGUUUAAACCUGGCUCAAAGGGUAAAAACGGCAAUCCUACAAACGCAACAUCAUGCCCACCUCAAGGAGAGCUGCCCACCAAAAACGCUUCCCCCUCCUCAUCCUCCACCGCCUCCAAACCCAUGGACCCCGUCCUGAAGAACCAGAUCACUAAGAGAAAGAGGAUGGUGUUGGUGAAAGAGAAGAAAGCAGCCCAGACUCUCAGCGCCAUCCUCCUGGCCUUCAUCCUGACAUGGACGCCAUACAACAUCAUGGUGCUUAUUUCCACUUUCUGUGCCGAGUGCAUUCCUACAUCCCUGUGGCACCUGGGUUAUUGGCUGUGCUAUGUCAACAGCACCAUCAACCCCAUGUGCUACGCUCUCUGCAACAAGACCUUCCAGAAGACCUUCCGUAUGCUUCUGCUGUGUCAGUGGAGGAAGAGGAGGAGAGGAGAGGACAAGCUGUACUGGGGUGGACAAAACCCAAACGUCAACAAUAAAAUGACUUAAUUUGUCCCUUCAAUAUUACAGCUGACUUACUUUUGUCCCCAUUGUUGGAUUUUCCUGAUACAUACAGGAGUCAGUGGUCUUCUUCAGCAUGAAGUGCCAGGUGUGAUUUUUGUGUUAAAAUACGUGCUGGUUGAAAGUGAGCUGAGCCUGAUGGAGCACUCAAACAUGUGUUGUUACAGGAAUGAAAGCUGUCACAUAACGAUGUCUGCGCAUUCUCACAUAAUUAAAGGUUAUCGAAUAGGUUCUGGUGUUUUCAAGUCUGUCUUUAAAGGAUAUGCCACCAGUUCUACACAUCAAAGUCUGAUUACAGGUAAAAGCUGCAUGGCUGCUGAGGGAGCCGUGUGAAGUAGAGGUGUCUGUGAUGUUUAAAAAAUGAAAUAUCAGCAGUGUCAAUAAUGCACAUAUGAUAACCAUAAAUAAUUGUGCGAUUGUUCUUUUUGUAUGCUUUUGUAUAGCUGUAUGGUUAUAGACUAUUGCCACUUCCAUGCACUUGUGAGAUUAAUUAAUAUAAAAGAUGCAGAAUAAACAAAGGUAUAGAUGAUUUUGACUGAUAAUUUUAUUUUCCAAAUUUUCUCUAAAUAUCGUGAUAAUAGUAUUAUUGUGAAUCUUUUUUUUUCCACGAUAAUUGUUAAGCAAAAACGUGAUAUUGUGCCAGACCUAGUGUGAAGUCUCAUGAACUGCCUUAUGCUACAGUGUCACUUGAGUCAGCAUCAGCUUUUGGAUGUCUGAGGGGUGUUGAGAGUAGAAACAAAUUAUCUUACCAAACCUGUGUGACGCAGACACAAAUCUAUGACUGUGGUUUAGUUGCAUGGUGGAUAAUGUAGGCACUAUUUUUUUUUUUUUUUAACAAGGAAUAGGAAAGUAUGGAAUAAGAUACAUCUCUAAUUCAACUCCAUCAAUUUUUAAUCCUGUUUUGAUAGUUAAUCAUGAGUUAUUGGAGUGCACUAGUAAAUAUUGGUAAUAUACUUACAUGCGCAUAUUCCUCCUCUCCAUACCGGGAACACAACUAUCCAUUUCCAACUGCGAUGGAAAUGUAAGCGACACUAAAAGACACGGUACAUAUAUCAAUAUGUCUACAUAGUCAACACUUUUAUUGCAAGAAAAAAGUGACAUUUGCAUGAGACAAAAAAAAGCAGAAGAA